GUGAUUAUGAAGUCGUCAGAAAAUGUUGUGUUCUGUAUUACUGUGAUUGGCUGCAUGCAUUGUUUAUUGUGUGCCAUUUACGUCUCUGACUUUCUGCGGACUUAACAGGACGACGCUAUCAAACGUCGCGUUUCAGUAAUAACCACUCGUGCUUCGUAUUUGGAAAGUUCUGGGUUUGAGUCUUGGCUUGGUGUCGUAUCCUGAGGCGUUUCCUUGCUUUGUUUAGUUCCAGACGAACGCUAGGACAGUAGACUACGUCAAGUAUUCCUGCCAGUUAAAUUCGCAGUCGACUUUUAUAUAGGUCUAAACCAUGAAGUUGAGAAAACAUCCUUAAAUAAACCAAGAAACAAACAAAUAAAUACUAUUUUAAAAUUUCAGUCUGCGUUACGAUUUGGGGUUGGAAUUGGAAUUAAGAUCAACUACCCCACUGAGAUUUGUUGUGCAAUUCCUCUGAAACGUCGGUAAACUACUACCAGACUACACGGCGCUACAGCCCAGAAGACAGCCAUUUUUACGAGUCACUGAGUUUCAGUCUCUCCCCCUUCAUUUGCCGAUAAACUGAUAACAAUCACUGACUCCUUCCCCUGGAAACUGCACUGAUGAAUGGGGAAUAAGUCAGGUCACGAUUGGAUCCAUAAGAAGGUUGGAAACCUCCUACAAGACUACGCGGGUGAUAACCCAGAUUACCACAGUCGACAUCAACGCCACGAGAAUCUCAAAUACUUUACAUAUUCAUUAAUAAAGACGGAAUACAAACUUGCAUUGACGUUUAGGGGAGACACCUCCUUUUUGUUAGUUGCUUUCUCCGUUCCAUUUUCGCCUCAAUAGUUCGCGAGAGAUUUGCUACGUAGACCAUUACUGUCAACGUUCCUCGACAUUUAAUGUCAAAAGUGCAUUUGCUGCAGGAAGAAAAAGCUUGAGAACCAUUGCUUUGGAGCUUAUUCGAAUUAGAAAGCGUCGUUAAAUAAACCAUUAGAAGACGAAGACAAUGAUUUCGUAUUCUCGUCAUUUGUAAUCUUCGUAGAAAGAUUACAGGAUCGACCUAUUUAAUCACCCUGAAAAUGCAUUGUGAAGAGUCACUUCAUGCAUCUUUGUUGUGGUCUUGUGGGUUAUGACGCAUUGUAGUGUUUUUUUUAUGGUUAUCAGCGUUUCGGAGGAUAAGUGACUUCUACCAUGAAAAUUUAGGCGAAAGGUUCCUCUGCCUACUUGACUGCACGGCGCCGUAACCCAGAAGACCGCAAUCCAAUGACUCCGUUUUCGUCUCACUUUUCUUUGUUUUUUCAAACGUUGGGGCCCACUAGCACGAAGACUCUUGUAGUUCACUACUUUAAAAAACUAUUAUUCCGUACGUGGUCUGUGUAGCGAGUGUUAUAUAGCAAUUAAGGGUAGAGAAUGUCCGAAUGCUGGACCGCUACAAUGCCCGCAAACCAUCAAUAGGAACCUUGUACCUUACUGCAACACAUCUUAUAUUUGUGGAUCCUGAUGGCAAGAAGGAGACAUGGAUACUUCACAUGCAUAUAGCCAGUGUUGAGAAAUUACCACUGACAACAACAGGCUCUCCACUUCAGAUAAUGUGCAAGACAUUCCUGUCUGUAACUUUUGUGAUUCCACGUGAACGAGACUGCCACGAGGUGUUUGUGACACUCCAGCAGUUGGCCCAACCAGUUCACAUUGAGGACUUGUACUGCUUUCACUAUACAUCAAGCUCCGAGGAUAUUCCUAAACCAGCUGGCUGGAACUAUUUUGACUUGCAGUCAGAAUAUCAACGUAUGAGAGUUCCUAGUGAUCAGUGGACCCUUACUUUACUUAAUAAAGAUUACGAGCUGUGUGACACAUAUCCAAGAUAUCUGUAUGUCCCUUCUUCAGCUUCAACUACUGUAUUGCUUGGUAGUUCUCGCUUUCGAAGCAAAGGCAGACUUCCAGUUUUGUCAUACCUUCACAGAAAUAAGGCAGCAAUAUGUCGCUGCAGCCAGCCCCUGUCAGGGUUCAGUGCAAGAUGUAUGGAGGAUGAACAGAUGUUAAAUUGUGUUCUGAGGACCAAUCCGAACAAUAGUUUCAUGUAUGUGGUAGAUACACGGCCACGGAUAAAUGCCAUGGCAAACCGUGCAGCUGGGAAAGGUUAUGAAAAUGAAAAUUUUUAUGAAAACAUCAAGUUUCACUUUCUUGGCAUUGAAAACAUUCAUGUAAUGCGUAGCAGCUUAGCAAAGUUGAUUGAAACUUGUGAACUGAAAUCUCCUACCAUGAAUAGUUUUCUGGGAGGCAUAGAGUCAAGUGCUUGGCUUCGACACAUCAAAUCAAUCCUGGAGACAUCGUGGUUUAUAGGGCAGGCUGUUAAUGAAAGAGGAAUAAGUGUUGUGGUGCACUGUUCAGAUGGCUGGGACCGUACAGCACAGGUGUGCUCACUUGCAAGUUUGUUCCUGGACCCCUACUACAGGACCAUACAAGGAUUUCAGGCCCUGAUAGAGAAGGAUUGGUUGGCAUUUGGUCACAAGUUUAGUGAGCGAUGUGGUCAUGUGGCAGGAGACCCAAAAGAAGUGUCACCGGUGUUCACCCAGUUUAUUGAUUGCACUUGGCAAUUAGCACAACAGUUUCCAGGCACAUUCCAGUUUAAUGAACGGUUUUUACUCACAUUGCAUGACCAUGUUCAGUCAUGUCAGUUUGGUACUUUUAUUGGUAACUGUGAGAAGGAUCGCAUUGAUCUAAGGUUAAAUGAGCGAACAUUCUCCCUCUGGGGUUACAUGGCAAAUCACAUGAAUGAAUAUCUCAAUCCAUUGUAUUUAGAACUGGCUACCCCAGAUAUCCUUGUGCCCAAUAUUGCACCCCAGAAUAUAAAGUUCUGGCGUGGGAUGUACUGUCGUUUUGAGAGUGGUGUCCAUCCCAGAGAACCUUUGGGAGACUUGUUGCUAGCUACCUGUGAUCACAGUUCUUCACUUGAGGACCAUAUACGCCUGCUGACAAAGAGGAUAAACUUCUUGAAACAGAAACUUACAGAAUGUAAGGAUAAUAAGAGAAAUUUUCCCACUGUGCCUAUAGAUGGCACCAUUGUCAGCCUUCAAGGUAUGAUGUUGGAUAACAAAUAUCUAUAUGAGAAGUGCAGAGAAGACAAUUUAGCUCCAAACAGCCUGGUACAGCUGAAAAUAAACCAUCCUUCCAAUAAUGGGUUACGAGCAGAUUCAACAAAGUUGAGCAGUAAUGCAGCAGGUGUUUUGAGUGUGGAACAGUUGGCAGCAGAAUUGGGCUCUGUUGCUCUUGACUGGAAAACACUGCGGAAUAUCAGAGAAUGUGCAUGUUCCACACCUUUUGAUCACUUCAGUAGGAAGUACCACUGCUGGAAAUGUGGAGAAGUUUUCUGCACACGUUGUAUUGAUAAGCAUACACCACUCCCUGGACAUCUGUCACAGCGUGCUGUGCCUGUUUGUCGCCCAUGUUACCGUGAUAUUCGGCAUUCUGGUUCCAUUGAGUCUCCCUGAGAGUUGCAUGCAAUCAUAAGACUAAGUCAGCCUUAUUUUCAGUCUGCUAUUGUAGCAGAUUGGCUCUGUUGCUGCCUUUGUCACAUCCUCGCUAGGAUAUGGCACCAGUCAAUCAUCUUAUGCAUCUGUCUGCUGCAUAUCUCCAAUACAUCAUGAAUGUCUGCUUUACUAAGCAUCAGAGACUAAAGCUGCAGUGUUUUUGAUUUUAAUCAUGAUGAAUCUAAAAUGAGUGGUUCUUAUUGUCAGAAACAAUUUGCCAGUUUCUUAGUUUGUUACAUUUCUGCCAUUACUAUAUGAGUACAAUGAGUCCUCUUGACUAAUGUUCUGUUUUUUCCCCCUUUUUUAAAGAGUGGCUUUUAAUAAAGAUUAAUAUAAAUUAGGCAUUUUGUAAAUUAAAUGGAAACAGAUAAGGCAGUUUUGAAUGAACACAAGAAACAUUUAAUGAAUGUUAAUAUGCUUGUUAAUAUUUCAUUGUCAGGGGGUGGGUUGUGAGCACCUCUAUUCUCAUUUCUCAACUUUCAUGUCUUCCUUCAAGUGGAUUAUAACACUAAAUAUUUUUAAUUACAUAGUCCAUCUCUAGAAAUAUCUCAUAUCCCAUUUACUUAUGAGACUGAUUUGAAAAUCAUAAUUUUUCUGUCCCCAUUUUUCAAAAUAUAUCUUGGUAAAAAUAAUCAUAUAUCACCUCCAUAUAAUAUGUGAAUAUUCAGAUGUGCGUGGAAGGGUAGUGAAGUAUUUAUUGUUUUCUUUUAUCCUUUGUGUUCUGACAGAUAUGAAAACCAUUUUGUAGCCCACCUCAAAUCCCUCCAUUCAUCAGAUAGGAAGUGCUGAAUUAUACUGAUUACAUUUACUGAUCCACAUUUUGAAAAGGAGAUGUAAGUUGUAUCAUCACAUCUUCUACUGUGGCGUAACAGCUCAAAGUCGAGCCUUGGACUCCUCCCAUGUGGGAGGUUUCUUUGUCUUUGUAUCAUCACAUAGUGAACCCAAAUUAUAAGUAUUUAUGAAAUAAAUUUGGCCAGAAGUUUUACAAUGCAUAUUUUUGUGGUGAUAAUUUUAAAAUGUUACUUUUUUCAUUCACUUUUAUGUGUUGUUAUAUUUAUGUGGUUUUUGUAAUUUUCAGUUUCUAAUUAUAAUUCAGUAAUUUAAUUAAUGGUAAGAUACCAGUGUCAGUUCAUGUGUCAGAUGGGGUUGUACAUACCUGUUUUAUGUUAUAAUUGUUAAAGUGGAGUCUGAAGGCAAGAAUCUGAUGCUCUAGUUCUCUGUUUAUUCAAUGUGUUUUGUGUUGAUUGCAUGAGGUCUCAAAACAGACAGCCUUGAUUUUAUGAUUGAAAUUCUUAUAAAGUAGAAUGUGAACAGACUAGUAUUAUGGUUACUGUGUGUUUUUGCGAGAAGAAACCUUUGAGAGAAAAUGUGUGUAAAUGUUAUUAUAAUGGGUGAAUCGAAAAAAAGUUAUCAGAGAGACUGAGUACAGUAGUUGUGCUCUCUAAGAUGUAUACAGUCUUGACCAGUCAAACAUUGAUAUUGCGUGCUCUCUAAGAUGCAUACAGUCUUGACUAGUCAAACAUUGAUAUUGCACAUUCAAAUCCCACGUGUAACAUGGUUGUGCCUGUUUUUUGUUGUCUUGUAUAAGGUCAUGUGAGGGGCUGAUCCCUUGUCUGAGUAGUCGUACCAAAUGUACAGAAAAUUUAUUGUCCCAGAAAAAAUUAUGAAACAGAAUAGGCCAGAGAUAGGUGAAGAGUAAUAAAUGUCAAAGAACAGAAUCAUUAACCCUUCAAGCAUGACCAGCCAUUGCCUCUACAGGAUGUUGUUUUUUGUCUUUUACAUUGUCCCCCCAGCCCCAUUUUUGUUUCUUCCCCCCACUGCAGUUUUUUAAGUGUAUGGGGAGUAACUUGUGAUGUGUGCACUAUGAGAUGCAUCGUUAAGUGGAUGACAUCUUACACACUUAAGAGGUUAACUACGUUAUAGUUGCAAAAAUUGGUUGCUGAAAGGGUUUGGACACAUUUGUAUUUUUAUUGUUGAAACCUAAGCAAAAUAUCUACCCAAAAUUGUUGAACAAAAUUCAUAUGUAGCAACUGCUCAGUAAGAACCACCAUUUAAAAUAUGAUUCAUCACCAGAUAACAGAAUUCUCUUUUUCAGUAAAACAAAUAACAUUGUAUUUUCUGAUUCAAACAUGUCAAGACACUGUUAUACAAUAGAAUGUUCAUAUCCUGUGCCUGCCAUAUUGACAUGUUUAAUUUUUUUAAAUUUUUAGUAUGUGUCAACUUGUUUAUUAUUGUUGUUAUCAUCAUAACUGACCAAAUGGUGAUGUUCAGCAGCUGCUUGAGCCAUUAUAACAGUAAAGAUGUAAUUAUGAGCACUUAUAAACACUGUGACAGAAGGUUUGAAUAUUAAUGUUGCUUAACACCAAGUUGUAAGAAUUCUGUAUAGCUAAUAUAGGUAAAAAUAAAUUAAUAUAAUAUCAGAACUUUUACUGUCAACCUUACUCCUUGUUGUAAAUGGUCUGACUGCACCAUCUCUUUCAUCCAGCAAAGGAUAUUGACAUAUUGAACAGAAUGGCUGUGAUGAUGUCACAAUGUUAUGAAUAUUGAUGUUUACGAAGAUUACAACUUUGUGUAUAAACCAUGACAAUGUAUAAAUUUUGGAGAUGGUUCACUUUGUACAUUAAAUUUAAUAUUAUUCUUAAUAGUUAACUGGAAAUCACUGUUAUUUCACAGAAACUAGGCAGCUUUUUUGUCAGGGUUUUAAAGACAGUUUAAUAUACACAUUUUCCAAAUACAUUCUUUGCUGUUUUGCUAUCUCACUGUCAUUGAUGUUUAUUUAUUAUUCAUACAAAUUUGUUGUAACAAAGCUAGUUUCAUUACAGAUAUAAUACAGCACAGAGAAGAUUUUUUCUUUCUCUUUAAUUAAAUAUUUACUGUAUCAAAAAAUAUGUCAAAUAAGAGUUGUAGGUUGUAACCCUUUGACUGUUGUGGAUGGAACAGUUCUGCAAAGGUACAGCAUGUUGUAAUGUUAGUGUGUCUUUGCUGACAAUAUAUUGAUGUAAUUAAGAUUGAUCAUAAAAGGUGCCAGUCACCUUCUUUUUCAGGGAACAGUUAUGCUAGUGCAUAUUUAGGAUAGUGUCACCUAUUAAUAUAGUAUUCUAAUCUAGGAAUGGUGUUUACUAAUUAGUAAGUUUGUAGACAGUACAGCAAAGAGAAAUUUCAGUUCUGUUUUGUA